AAUUCCAUAUUUGGGUCAGGGCUACAUAUUUUAUCAAAAAUAAUAGAAUACAAAACAGAUAUAAUAUCAACUUUUGCCUACUAGUUAAAGAAUUUACAUUAUCAACAGAAAUUUCAGAAGAGAGUAAAUUGACUGAGUCUAAGUUUAUUUAAUGUAUUUUUAACAGAUUAUCGAAUGGUAUAAAUGUAUAAUAUAUCAGUAUUUUAUUAAAUUAAACUUCUCUGUAAUGAAAAUAAAAAUUAAUUUUUGCUAUGUUUCGGAAUUCCGGAUGAAUGAUGUUUUUUUUUUUUUUAAACGUUCCCUACAUUAUAUGGCUGAAAUAAAAAUAAGAAAUUCGCAUGAACUAUUAUAACAACCGUUGUCAUUUAAUAAAUAAUUGAAUAGUUUGAUUGUAAACAAUUAUUAGUGUUUUAGUAUUCAUAGUACUAAUAUAGUUCGCGUUCACGAUAUAUUGAAAAAUAUAUGAAAACGAAUAUUUAUAAAGAAUAAUAAUUAUUCUUUUAUAUUUUUUGUAAGUUUAUUAAUUGAUAAACAAGCAGACUUCACUGAAACCUGUCUCAUCAGAUUUUACGAGAAGUUAAAACAUAUAUACGAGGCAUUAGACCUUACGAAGACAGUUAUUGUAAAUUCGUAAAUAACGACAACAAAAUCGUCGCACAAAGAGUCGUAUACAAAAUGGCAGAAAAAAAGGGAGAUGAAUUGAAAAAUACGGAGAAAGAACAACAUAAGCUUUUUCCGACAAAGCUGGCACAAGACGGAAGCUUAAUUGUUAACUUAUUGCAGUCAAGAACUAUUGAUAGAGAGCCAAGAGUGGUAGUUGAAAAACCAAAAGCUGAUAACGCGGAAUUAGAAAAGAACGAAAACAUAUUUAAGAACAAUAAUAAUAUUCAAUACAAAUUUAAAUUGAAUCCGCUUGCAAAGGAGUUCUCAAUGACAAUGCCGAAAAGCGAUUCGAAUGAAAAUCUUGUGAUGGAAUUAAAUUCAACUCGUGAUAACAUCUCAAAACCAAUUACGGUUAAUAAUGCAGCAUCAAAUAAGAGUGAUCAUAAAAGGAAUGAAUGUGUUGAGAACAAACUUUGUAUUCCAAAAAAUACAUUCAAGUUGAAUCCGCUUGCAAAAGAGUUCAUUAUGCCAAUGCCGAAAAGCGAUUCGAAUGAAAAUCAUAUCACGGAAUUAAACAAUACUCGCGAAAACAUCUCAAAACCAACUACGGUUAAUAAUGCAGCACCAAAUAAGAGUGAUCAUAAAAGGGAUGAAUGUGUUGAGAACAAAGUGUGUAUUCCAACUAAUACAUUCAAGUUGAAUCCGCUUGCAAAAGAGUUCAUUAUGCCAAUGCCGAAAAGCGAUUCGAAUGAAAAUCAUAUCACGGAAUUAAACGCUAUUCGUGAAAACAUCUCAAAACCAAUUACGGUUAAUAAUGCAGCAUCAAAUAAGAGUGAUCAUAAAAGGAAUGAAUGUGUUGAGAACAAACUUUGUAUUCCAAAAAAUACAUUCAAGUUGAAUCCGCUUGCAAAAGAGUUCAUUAUGCCAAUGCCGAAAAGCGAUUCGAAUGAAAAUCAUAUCACGGAAUUAAACAAUACUCGCGAAAACAUCUCAAAACCAACUACGGUUAAUAAUGCAGCACCAAAUAAGAGUGAUCAUAAAAGGGAUGAAUGUGUUGAGAACAAAGUGUGUAUUCCAACUAAUACAUUCAAGUUGAAUCCGCUUGCAAAAGAGUUCAUUAUGCCAAUGCCGAAAAGCGAUUCGAAUGAAAAUCAUAUCACGGAAUUAAACGCUAUUCGUGAAAACAUCUCAAAACCAAUUACGGUUAAUAAUGCAGCAUCAAAUAAGAGUGAUCAUAAAAGGAAUGAAUGUGUUGAGAACAAACUUUGUAUUCCAAAAAAUACAUUCAAGUUGAAUCCGCUUGCAAAAGAGUUCAUUAUGCCAAUGCAGAAAUGCAAUUCGAAUGAAAAUCAUAUCACGGAAUUAAACGCUAUUCGUGAAAACAUCUCAAAACCAACUACGGUUAAUAAUGCAGCACCAAAUAAGAGUGAUCGUAAAAGGGAUGAAUGUGUUGAGAACAAAGUUUGUAUUCCAAACAAUACAUACAAGUUGAAUCUGCUUGAAAAAGAGUUCAUUAUGCCAAUGCCGAAAUGCAAUUCGAAUGAAAAUCAUAUCACGGAAUUAAACGCUACUCGUGAAAACAUCUCAAAACCAAGUUCGGUUAAUAAUGUAGCACUAAACAGGAGCGAUCAUAAAAGGGAUGAAUGUGUUGAGAACAAAGUUUGUAUUCCAAACAAUACAUACAAGUUGAAUCUGCUUGAAAAAGAGUUCAUUAUGCCAAUGCCGAAAUGCGAACCGAAUGAAAAUCUUGUCAUGGAAUUAAAUUCCUCUUGUGAUAACAUCUCAAAACAAGUAAAGGAUAAUGAUGUAGUACAGAACGGCAGUAAUCGCCAAAGGGAUGAAAGUGUAGAGACCCUGAGCUGUAUUCCACCUCACAAGUUCACAUUAAAUACUAUGGCGAAGAAAAGAUCGAUUUCGAUACAUAAAAGCGAUUCGAAUAAAGAUCUUGUAAUGGACUUAAGCUCUAUUUCUAAUAAAGUUCCGACACAAUUGAAACAGAAUGAAGAGAAUUUUGGACAACAUUCUUUUAAUCACAUAAUGGAUGUUCCACCAGAAAUAAGUUCUUCACGGCGUAAAUCAAAAAAUUGGAUAGUUCGCUUUUUUACCUAUUGUUUAAAAAAAUUAUCUUUUAAAACCCGCCGUUAG